AUGUCUGCCCAUGACACGGACUCCAAUCUCGAGGCAGCAAUCAUGGAUUCGCCCAACGGGUCCGACGCCCUCAAGAAUGGCCACUCCACGCGCUCGUCCCGGUCGCCUUUGCCUCGUCAGACGUCAACUCCAAUCUCAGAACUGAAAGGGAAGAAUGAACCCGCUGAAGAUAAACUCGCCGGUGAUAUCAUUGUCAAGCAGGAACCCGGUCAACCGCCAAAAUUAUCCCGCAGUGCUUCUCAGAAAGUCGCGCGGAAGCCACCGCAGCUGUUCUCACAUUUGCCCGAUAGCACGGAAGAUGCGUUGAAGGAAUUCGAUCAAAUUGAUUCUUGCUGGUAUGCGAACAAAUACAUGGGAUACACCGAACAUGCUAUGGAAUGUGAUUGUGCCGAGGAGUGGGCCGAUGUCGGCAAGAACUUGGCGUGCGGUGAAGACUCCGACUGUAUCAACCGAGCAACGAAGAUCGAGUGCGUGGGGGACUGCGGUUGUGGAGCCGACUGCCAAAACCAACGAUUCCAAAAGAAACAAUAUGCACAGGUGGCGGUUAUUAAGACCGAAAAAAAGGGCUAUGGCCUCCGGGCGGAAAUCAACCUCGAACCGCACCAGUUGAUCUACGAGUAUGUUGGAGAGGUGGUGGGCGAGGCGCAAUUCCAAAAACGCCGACGAGACUAUGAUGCCCAGAAAAUCAAGCAUUUCUAUUUCAUGUCGCUGAACAAGGGAGAAUUCGUGGAUGCGACCAAACGAGGCAAUCUGGGCCGAUUCUGCAAUCACUCAUGCAAUCCCAACUGCUAUGUGGAUAAAUGGGUGGUUGGUGAGAAGAUGCGCAUGGGCAUCUUUGCGGAACGUGCGGUGCAGGCUGGUGAAGAGUUGGUUUUCAACUACAAUGUUGACCGGUACGGUGCUGAUCCCCAAGUUUGCUACUGCGGUGAGCCCAACUGUACGGGUUUCAUUGGUGGUCGUACCCAGACCGAGCGCGCCACCAAGCUCUCGAAUGUGACCAUCGAAGCACUCGGAAUUGAUGAUGCAGAGGCUUGGGAUACGGUUGUCGCCCGUCGUCCGAAGAAGAAGAAGACUGAGGAAGAUGACGAAGAAUACGUGGACAGCGUGAAGCCUAAGUCUCUGGAUGAGGACGGUGUGACCAAGGUCAUGGCAGCCUUGAUGCAGUGCCAGGAGAAGUGGAUUGCCGUCAAGCUGCUGGGCCGUAUUCAGCACUGCGAGGAUGAACGACUAGCCAUGUGGAAGGAAGACCACAACGUGCUUCUGCAAAUCCUGGAUAUCCUAGACAAGUUCCCUCGACUCACCCGCAACAAGAUCAUCGACUCAAAGAUCGAGGACAACAUCCGACCUCUGACCACAACCGAAGACGAGCGCGUAGCCAAGAAGGCGGCCACGCUGUUGGCAAGCUGGGCCAACUUGGAGGUUGGAUACCGCAUUCCACGCAUGAAGCGCGGCGAGCAAGCCAAACAAGCCGUCAACCAAUUCGAGCGCCGCGAAUCAGGCCGCGAGCAGCAGCGCCAGCGCUCAAUUUCUCCGCUAGCCAGCCCCCACGACAGUCACAAACAACAGAACCAACCCAAGAACCGACGCGGUGAACCCCAUCACCAGCGAGAUUUGCUUCACAAUCGUCCUCGACAGAACCGCCGGAAUAACCGCCAGCAACAGCAGCAACCGCAAAAGCCACCAUCUCAGCCGCUUCCUGAUGGAUGGUACUCGGCCACAGAUCCCACUGGGCAGGUUUACUAUUACUCUGCGGCCAACGAAGUGCAAUGGAACCGACCAACCACUGCGGUGACGUGUCCAGUGCCAGCGAACGUGAACAAGACAAACACCUUACUGCAGAACAUCAUCGAUGGAAUUAUUAAUUCCCAAGAGAAGACGCCCUCGGAGCGAAAGAGUGAAACCCCCAGCACACCUCAACAGCCAUUGGAUCAACCAGAGAAGAAAAAGCGAGAGGAUGAUUGGUGGAAGAAGCUGGAUGAGAAUAAGCAGAGAAAGGUUUACGAGAAUACGCUUCACCCUCAUAUCAAAUCCGUCGUUGAUCAAUACAAGAACAAGAUCCCGAAGGAGGAUCUGAAGCGGUUUGCCAAAGAGACAGCCAAAAAGCUCGUCGACGGCGACUACAAACGGGGCCGCGUAACAGAUCCCACCCAGAUCAACGAGAAGCACCAGCGUACCGUGAAGACAUUCUGCAAAUCCUUCUUCGACAAAGCCGCCAAGAAGCACAAGGAGCGCUUGAAAUCAAAAGCCGAGAAGCAGCAUCAAGAAGCCACAGACGAGCACGACGACACAAAGAUGUCGGAUGACGAGCCCGAGCCAUCCGCAGGAACAGGAACAGGCACAGCCACCUCACCCAUGGACGAUGAUGUGUCUGUUUCUCUGAAGCGCAAGCGCGACGGUGAAGGUGACUUGAUAAAUCCAGAUCAAGAUCAAGCUACACCGGGUGGUAGUUCACCCAAACGACAGAAAUCCACACCUCCACCUCCACCGCCUCCACCACCUGCCAUUGAUUCUGAUCAUAGCAUGGCAGAGUCGAAUUCACCUCCCAAGGAAUCCGAAUCGCCCGUUGAUUCGAAGAAAGAAAAUGAGAACACCAACAAAUCCGAACCCGAAGGACUUGGGUAUCAACCAGAUGCGGAGAUGAAAGGACUUCCACAUAUGCAAUUGCAAAGCCAUGUCUAG